GCUCACAUGCGGGAUCAGGAUGGUGUGAAUGACAGCCGCACUGUGUCAUGAAGGUGGUGGUGGUUUCGGCACAAGAGACCAAUUAAGAAGAAAGCGGAGAGAGGGGGGAACCGCUUUUGGAUGACAAAGGAUGGGUUUCCGUUUAAUGACGCAGCUGCGAGGCAUGCGCGUGGUGCUAGCGCUACUUUCCACACUGCUGCUUGUUAUGUUCACGGGGGCUCAGAGAGCUUGCCCAAAGAACUGCAGAUGUGAUGGCAAAAUUGUGUACUGUGAGUCUCAUGCUUUCGCAGAUAUCCCAGAGAACAUUUCUGGAGGAUCGCAAGGCUUAUCAUUAAGGUUCAACAGCAUUCAGAAACUCAAAUCCAAUCAGUUUGCUGGCCUUAACCAGCUUAUAUGGCUUUAUCUUGACCAUAAUUACAUUAGCUCGGUGGAUGAAGAUGCAUUUCAAGGCAUUCGUAGACUGAAAGAAUUAAUUCUAAGCUCCAACAAAAUUACCUAUCUGCACAAUAAAACCUUUCACCCGGUUCCUAAUCUCCGCAAUCUGGACCUCUCCUACAAUAAGCUUCAGACUUUGCAAUCGGAACAAUUCAAAGGCCUCCGGAAACUCAUCAUUUUGCACUUGAGAUCCAACUCACUAAAGACUGUGCCAAUACGAGUUUUUCAAGACUGUCGAAACCUCGACUUCCUGGAUUUGGGUUACAAUCGUCUCCGCAGCUUGUCCCGCAAUGCUUUUGCUGGCCUCCUGAAGUUAAAGGAACUCCACCUGGAGCACAAUCAGUUUUCAAAGAUCAAUUUUGCUCAUUUCCCGCGUCUCUUCAACCUCCGCUCCAUUUACUUACAAUGGAACAGGAUUCGCUCCAUCAGCCAAGGCUUGACAUGGACUUGGAGUUCCUUGCACAACUUGGAUUUAUCAGGGAAUGACAUCCAAGGAAUCGAGCCGGGCACUUUUAAAUGCCUGCCCAAUUUGCAGAAAUUGAAUCUGGAUUCCAACAAGCUCACCAACAUUUCCCAGGAAACUGUCAACGCGUGGAUAUCAUUAAUAUCCAUCACUUUGUCUGGAAAUAUGUGGGAAUGCAGUCGGAGUAUUUGCCCUCUAUUUUACUGGCUGAAGAAUUUCAAAGGGAAUAAGGAAAGCACCAUGAUAUGUGCGGGACCUAAGCAUAUCCAGGGUGAAAAGGUGAGCGACGCCGUGGAAACCUAUAACAUCUGCUCUGAAGUCCCGGUGGUCAACACAGAAAAAUCCCACCUGGUGCCCCAAACUCCCCAGAAGCCUCUGAUUAUUCCCAAACCGACAGUCUCCAAAUCUGACCCCGUCCAGCCCACCCUGGAAGCACCCAGCGCCUCCCCGGGGUUUCCGAUCCCGGGCGCAGAACAAGAGUAUGAGCACGUUUCCUUUCACAAAAUCAUUGCCGGGAGCGUGGCCCUGUUCCUCUCGGUGGCCAUGAUCCUCCUGGUUAUCUACGUGUCAUGGAAACGCUACCCCGCCAGCAUGAAACAACUCCAGCAGCACUCUCUCAUGAAGAGACGGCGGAAAAAGACCAGGGAGUCUGAAAGACAAAUGAAUUCCCCGUUACAGGAGUAUUACGUGGACUACAAGCCUACAAACUCUGAGACCAUGGAUAUAUCCGUUAAUGGAUCUGGGCCCUGCACAUAUACCAUCUCUGGCUCCAGGGAAUGCGAGGUAUGAACCAUGAUCCUCCUAAAAGCAUUUCUACUGCGGGAAAGGAGAGGUAAAUGUUUGAAGCGCUUAGAGGUGUCUCUAAUCACUAGAAAAGAUUAAUGACCCUGUGGCUUUUGGGUUUUGCUCAGUGUGAAAGGUUACUUACUUACAUGACGACCACCAGGAAAUUGACUGCUUUUAUUUUAUUUUAUUUUUUUUAAUGGUUGAAUUUUGAAGGAAGUUCAUUCAAGGAUGAGAUUAAGUUGGAAUAAAGUACUAUGUUACAACAUCUAUUUUUUUUUUUUUACCAGUUUGUAUACAGGGGUUGGACUUAACACACGCAUACACACAAACAAAACUAUUCUAAGAUUUCUGUCUGGUUCUUGUUUGACUUUUAUAAUGGAUUAGAGAGAAGGAGAGGCCAGCUUAAUUUAAAAACACAAUGAUUUUACCAAAAUUCCAGGAGGUAACGAAGAUUUAAACCAAAGAGCAAUUUAUCCAAGGGUUGAUUUUGUUGUAAAUUUUUAGUUUUAAUUAAAGCAUGCAACAGGGAUCUCACAAGGAUAACUGUUUUGUGUUACUUGCCAUUUAGUUAUUAUACCAGCAUAGAGAAUGUCAGAGGCCUACUGUGUAAUUGUAUGAGGCUUUUAAAUAUGCCUUCCUUCCUUCCUUCCUUCCUUCCUUCCUUCCUUCCUUCCUUCCUUCCUUCCUUCCUUCCUUCUCCCCUUUCUUUUUUUGUUUUGUUUGUUUUUUAAUUAUCAGACAUAGUUCACUUUUAAAGGGUUUUCUUAAGUGCUGGCUAUUUGUAUGUAAUCAGAAUGAAACUUAAGUUUCAUUUUUGGGCUACUUCCCCAGAAAAUAAAAUCAGGUCAUGAUGUUGUGGAUGAUUUAGCAGUAACAUAAUGACAGGCUAGACAGGGGUGUUUGUCAGUGUUGCUGUCAUCCCCAAAAAGAAAUGAUGUGUAUUCUUGUUAAACUUAUCCAAAACUACGUGAUGCAAAUGUAUAUAAAUAAAAAGAGAGAGAUUUGAGUUCUGGGUACUAGCUUUUCUGUGACAUUUGCCUCAAAUGAAGGCAUUUCAUGUUAUACUCUUUUCAUUUUCAUGAGACAAAGUUUGGACUCAGUUUCUGAUUAUUUAUUUUAAAGAUCACUUAUAGGAACAUGUUUAUGAAUAGAAAAAUAGCCACAGGUUUCAACUUGUCAGUAAAUAAUACUGGUUACAAAUUAUUCUUUUCUUGGUAAAACUGAUCAAAAAGUACAAAGACUGUAACUGCCAGGGCCUUGUUGCUAGAAUAUAAGAGUGAAAAGAGGUUAAGUUCUGGCACUAGUGGUCUUAACAUCCAAUUUUAGAUGAUUACAUUUUCAAAAUAAAGUUUUAAUGAGUAAAGACUUUGCUCUUUUUAAUACUAGUUAUAACAGUUAAAAUAUAAUUUCUUUGAUAAUGUAUACCCAAAUAUUUCCAUAGUCUAAAUGUAGAUCCUAAUGCAAAUGUUUUUUAGACAUAUACUGAGUUUGAAAUAAUCUCCAACUCAGUAUAAUUUGCAGUAUUGAGCUAUUCUUCACAGAGUUCAUUUUCUCUUUUUUAGUCCAUGACUGAAGGUGAGAAAAGUAACCCCGGAUAAUAAAUUUCCCCCAAAAAACCUGUAUAUGCAAUUGCCCUUAAACAUUAAAGAUAAUAAAAGAUUUUAUAUAAAAGUCUAUAUAAAGAUGUCUUUAUUACAGUCUGACACUUAUAUGUGUAU